AUGGCACUAAGAAUGUGGGCUUCCUCUACAGCAAAUGCUCUCAAGCUCUCUUCUUCUGCAUCCAAAUCUCAUCUCCUUCCAGCUUUCUCCAUCUCCAGAUGCUUCUCUUCAGUGUUGGAAGGACUCAAGUAUGCAAACUCACAUGAGUGGGUGAAACAUGAAGGCUCAGUGGCUACAAUUGGCAUCACUGCUCAUGCCCAGGAACAUUUAGGAGAAGUUGUGUUUGUGGAGCUGCCAGAUGACAAAGGCUCAGUGAGCAAAGAAAAAAGCUUUGGAGCUGUUGAGAGUGUUAAGGCCACAAGUGAGAUUCUAUCUCCAAUCUCUGGUGAAAUCGUUGAGGUCAACACUAAGCUCACCGAAUCACCCGGUUUGAUCAACUCAAGCCCUUAUGAAGAUGGUUGGAUGAUAAAGGUGAAACCAAGCGACCCAGCGGAGUUGGAUUCCUUGAUGGGUCCAAAGGAAUACACCAAGUUCUGCGAAGACGAAGACGCUGCUCACUAG